AUGGCUGAAGCUUCCCCUGCACAAAUGACUACACCUAAGACCAAGAUAGGUACGUAUGGACCGUUGGCAGAAGCGCUGUAUUACCUGGUCUCUUUCAUUGAAGGUUACGAUCAACAAGUGUUGUCCAUGUGUAUGAGGGCCUUCGAGUUAACGUUGGGAUUUUCGCAGUCUCAGUUGUCUACUCUGGCAACCGUGUCUACUAUGUCACGCAUGGGUUGUUGCAUAAUCUGGGGGUUGCUCGCGGAUAAGUAUGCUUCGAAAUUUGUGCUUGGUGGCGGACUGUUAGUGAUGGGCAUGGCUUCCAUUUUCCUCAGUUCUGCAUCGCACUAUAAAGUGAUCCUUUUCCUGCGCUUCUUACACGGAUUUGGCUUCGCUUGUGUUUAUCCUGUGCAACAAAAGAUCGUUUCCGAUUCAACUGAUUCAAAGGAAGCGGAGGAAGCAGCUAAGAAGGGUGAGGGAGCACAGAACCAGGGCAAGAAAGCGGAAGGAGCACAGAACCAGGGCAAGAAAUCUGAGGGAACUCCAAAUCAAAGCAAGAAGGAGGAAGUAGAAGAUAAGAAAAAGGAAUCAAAAGCGGCUAGCACGAAGUUCACAAUUUUCCAGUCUCUAAAUUGUAUUGGCCGAUUGAUAUGCGCAGUCAUAACUACGAUUAUUGCGCGCAAAGUAUUAUUGGGGUAUUAUGGUUGGCGUACUUCUUAUGUUGUAUUGGGAUACGUAUGGAUAUUGUUUGGUGUUGCCAUUGUAUUUGGAAUGAGAUUGAAUAAAUGUGGUGGUGGAAACAGCGAUACUACACAACAGAAGGAAGAUUUUCUACAGCGUGUAUCCAGAGCCUUUCAGGAAGUAUUUACGAAACCAACGGCAGUUAUAUCCAUAUUUACACUAUUCAUCGCAGAAGCUCCAAUGUGUGCAUUUAAUUACAUGACCAUAUAUCUGCAAUAUUUAGGUGUAUCGGACACAAUGGCAGGCGUUGCGAUUGCUGUCACACUGAUUGGAGGCGCAGCGGGAAGUGGAGCUGGGGGGAAAAUUAUAGAGACGAUUGCCAAAAAAGAGCCAAAGUAUGGCGAACUCAGUUCUGGUAUCGCAGUGAUGGUAGUCCGUCUUGUUGUAUGUCUAUUAUUCUUUUUGGGGCCGGCUCCAUGUGGGAAAUUGCUUUGGUAUCAUUAUGUAGAGUUGGCAACGCUGGGUGGGACAUUAGUGACGGUUGGUGGCGUCGAUAGGGCUAUUAUGAAGGAUGUAAUAGAAAAUGACUAUCAGGCAACAGCAUCUGCCAUCAUUCGAACAAUAUCAGGUAUUUCUAGUAGCGUAAUUCUCUACCAGAUUUGUGCAUAUUUGACCGAGAAGGUGUUCGGAUACGUUCCCUCCAGAGAGUCUUUUGAAACAAUGGCUACGGAUAUUAAGGAGAGAAAUGCCGAAGCUCUCAGGAAGUCAAUGAUGUAUAUUAUUCUGGCAGGCACAAUUCUCAAUGUUCUUUGUUAUGUUGCGAUGUGUUUUACGUAUCCAAAACAAAGAGAGAAAAUGAAGAAUACGGGGGCACAACAAUAA